UACAUUCAAAUUCUUUGCCAAAAGAAGAAGAACAUGAUGCAAUUAAUCUAGAUUUAAUUUAUGCUUUAACUCAAGCUAAUAUUCCACUUGAGAAAGUUGAUAAGCUUAAGCCAUUCUUCUUGAA